CAAUUGCUCUCUCUUCCUGUUCGGUUUUGGUUUUUUUUUUUUUCCUUUUUCUUCUUUUCAGUAUUCACUGUUUUUACUUGUCUCAAUCUGUAACGGCGUGAUGUCUGGUCGUUUCGUCCGUUCCUCCAAAUACCGACACGUCUUCGGGCGGAACACAAGAAAGGAGCAAUGUUAUGAUAACCUCCGCGUGUCCGCAAACCCCUGGGACAGCAAUCUCGUCAAGGUCAACCCCAAGUACCUUUCCGUGAACUGGGCAGCUGGUGGUGGAGGUGCUUUUGCCGUCAUCCCUCUAGAAGAGCGGGGUAAAUUGCCUGAGAGAAUCCCUUUGUUCCGUGGUCACACCGCAGCAGUCUUGGACACCGACUGGAACCCCUUUAACGACGAUCUGAUUGCAUCCGGUUCCGAUGACGGCAAGGUCCUCCUUUGGCGUGUGCCCGAGAACUUCACCCUUCGCCCCGAUGUCGACAUCGAUGAUAUUCAGGAUGUUGUGCCUGUAGGGAAGCUGAGCGGUCACCCGAAGAAGGUCGGACACGUGCUCUUCAACCCUGCAGCAGAGAACGUUCUCUCCUCGGCUUCCGGCGAUUUCACCGUGAAGAUUUGGGAUAUUGAGGCCGGAGCCCCCAAGCUCACUCUGAACGUGGGUGAUAUGGUGUACUCACAGUCCUGGAGCGCCAAUGGUUCCCUCCUGGUCACCACCUCCCGAGACAAGAAGCUGCGGAUCUGGGAUGCACGUCAGGAGCGUCCCGCGCAUGAGGCCCAGGGACACUCGGGUGCGAAGAACAGCCGUGUAGUAUGGCUGGGAGAGCGCGACCGGAUCGCGACCACCGGUUUCUCCAAGAUGAGCGACCGCCAGCUGGCAUUGUGGGACAUGCGCGCUCCUCAAGAGCCCAUCAACGGAUUCAAGGUACUUGAUUCCAUUUCCGGUGUAUGCAUGCCGUUUUGGGAUGACGGUACCCAAUGUUUGUACUUGGCCGGCAGAGGCGACGGUAACAUCCGUUAUUUCGAAUUGGAGAAUGACAAGUUCGAAUACCUUGCGGAGUACAAAUCGGGCGAUCCCCAGCGUGGCAUUGCGUUCAUGCCGAAGCGCGGUGUCAAUAUCCAUGAGAACGAGGUCACCCGCGCCUUCAAGACCGUCAAUGAUACCUAUAUUGAGCCGAUCUCUUUCAUAGUGCCUCGCCGUGCCGAGUCUUUCCAGGAUGAUAUUUAUCCGCCAACGAUCGGCCUGACGCCCGCUAUGAGCCCAAGCGAAUGGUUCGCCGGCAAGGAAGCCAUCCCGCCGAAGAUUUCCAUGGCUAGUCUCUAUGAAGGCGAGGGUCUGAAGGAGGUUACCGGUGUGCAAGAUAAGCCUACUGCCACUCUAGGUGCUCCUGCCGUCCAGGCGCAACCCGCACCGAAGCCGGCAGAGCCGACCCCCGUAACAAAGGCACCCGAGCCGGAACCGACUCCUGUACAGAAGGCUGCCCCGUCCAUGAAGGAGCAGGGUGCUUCCAUGGCCGCCAUGGUGAACAAGUUUGCCGACGAUGAAGAGGCGGAGCCCGUCGUCGAGGAUUCCAGCUUCGAUGAGGCACGGAAGCCUGACGAGCGGCCACCUCGGUCGGCAUCGCCUGUCAAGGCCAGCCCGUGGCACCAAAGGGAGGAGAGCCAGUCACAACCGGCUUCCAAACCAUCCACCCCUGCUCCGGCCCAGAAUAAUGAUCGCUCCCCGGCCUCCAGCACCCCUGCUGCCACUACUCCCAUUACAUCUUCCGGCUUCGCCAUUCCAGACAGCACUAACACGGCCGCUAGCGCUCUUCACGGCGAAAUCCAAAAGCUUACACAUAUGGUUGGCCCUCUCCUGUCAGAAGUUCACGAACAGAAGCAACAUAUUGAGACCCUGACCAAAACGAUCGAAUCCCUCGAGGCCAACCAAGAGAAGCAGAUACAAAGCUUGAACGAAAAGAUCGUCGCUCUGGAGGCCAGACUGAACUAGUCAAUGCCUCUCCAGCGCUGUAUCUAUAAUAAUUGUAUUCUCCUUGACUCUGUCCUCGCUUCCUCCGCAAAAGACACGUCUCUCGUUUUGUCCAUAGCCAUCGAUGUUGUGUUAUAUGCCUUUUUGUGAUGACUGACUGCAUGAUUGCAAUGUCAAUGCAAAUACCACUUGCCCUUCCUUGUUUCUUGUCCUCCCUGGUUCUCUUGAGCGGAAUUGAUAGAAGUUGAUGAUAUGUGUGGUUAAUUGGUUAUGAUGAGUAUAUAUCUUUUUCUAGACAAUGUGCAGCCAACCUAAUUGUAGCUUCCGCUGACUCGGAGACGACGUUUUGGUUGAGACGUAAUGUAAUCCAGACCUAUCUUUUCAGUACAAAAUUGAGCGGCCUGUUAAUAAGAAAAUCCUAGCAUAGAAACAUGGUGGACUGCAGUUGGAGCAGAUAAAUCUCGCAUGGUGUGGGAAAAGUGUUGUAUCUAGAUAUCACGUGGGUGCUGUAUGAUAUACCGCGAGAAAUAUAUAUCUUAGGCAAGAGUCAAUA